AUGCUUCGUCAUAACUCAUCAUUAUCUUCAAUGAAAUAUAUUUUAGUUACUGGUGGUGUUAUUAGUGGAAUUGGAAAAGGUAUUAUUUCAUCUAGUAUUGGUACUAUACUUCGUUCACAUGGAUAUCGUGUAACAUCUAUUAAAAUUGAUCCAUAUAUAAAUAUUGAUGCUGGUACAUUUUCACCUUAUGAACAUGGAGAAGUAUUUGUACUUGAUGAUGGAGGUGAAGUCGAUUUAGAUUUGGGUAAUUAUGAAAGAUUUCUUGACGUAACAUUACAUCGUGAUAAUAAUAUAACAACUGGUAAAAUUUAUCAAUAUGUUAUUGAUAAAGAACGUCGUGGAGAUUAUCUUGGAAAAACUGUACAAGUGGUACCACAUAUAACGGAUGCGAUACAAGAAUGGGUUGAACGUGUUGCACGUAUAUCUGUUGAUGAAGAUAAAGCUGAUCCUGAAAUAUGUAUAAUUGAACUUGGUGGUACAAUUGGUGAUAUUGAAAGUAUGUCAUUUGUUGAAGCAUUUCGACAAUUUCAAUUUCGUGUAAAGAAAGAAAAUUUUUGUUUGGUUCAUGUCAGUCUUGUUCCACAACCAAAUUCUAGUCAAGAACAUAAAACAAAACCUACACAACAUAGUGUAAAAGAACUUCGUGGAUAUGGUUUAACACCUGAUCUUAUUAUAUGUCGUUGUGCAACACAAAUGCCAUUAUCAGUUAAAGAAAAAAUUUCAAUGUUUUGUCAAGUUGAAAAAGAACAUGUUAUUUGUAUACCUGAUGUUAAAACUCUUUAUCGUGUACCAAUAUUAUUAGAAGAAACUGGUGUUUUUAAUUUUUUAUCUACACGUCUUCAUUUAACGCAAAAAUCGAAUUAUGAUCGUUCACUGAUGAUAAAAUGGCGAGAUUUAACAGAACGGUAA